AGCGCGGUAACCAUGGCAGGUGAAGACUGUGUCAGAAAACGCCAGUCUGGCUCCGCGGCAGCCUGCAAGGCCCCUGAGAAUGAGGAAACACAGAGGAGACCUGAGAGCGAGAGGUCAUUUCAAAACGCAAGCAAUGGCCGAAUUGAUGUUGACCACGUGAUAACAAGGAAAAUGCAGCUAAUAGCAGAAGCAGAGCAACUGAAGCCAGUUUUCAUGAAGGAAGUGGACAGUCACUUCACAGAGUUCGUGAACAGUUUGGUGGCAAAAUCGGCACUCCUGGAUUCCUCAUCUCCAGCCUCUCUCUUCCCAGCUUCCUGCGCAGAGAAGGAACUGCACAAAGCCAAGAACUCAAGGGCCCCUCCAGAACAUGGGAAGAUCUUUACUUCCAGGAGGUCCCUCUUGGAUGAGCUGUUUGAAGUGAGUCACAUCAGGACAAUCUACCACAUGUUCAUCGCUCUUCUCAUUGUCUUCAUCCUCAGUACACUUCUAGUAGACUUCAUUGAUGAAGGAAGGCUGGUCCUAGGAUUUGAUCUCCUGGUCUUUGUUUUUGGGAAGUUCCCAGUUGUCUUCUGUACUUGGCUGUGCAUGUUCAGUGCCACAGUCGUUAUUCCAUACAACCUCUUUGUCUGGUGGGCCCAAGGCUAUUGCAGUUCCUCCCAUCGUGUCGUCCGAUCUCUCUUCUAUGGGAUGUUGUUCACACUGUUCCAAAUAGUUGGGCUUGGCAUUGGACCAACCUAUGUUGCUAUAUCCUAUGCCCUGCCUCCAGCUUCCCGUUUUAUUGUGAUCCUGGAACAGGUUCGUCUUGUUAUGAAGGCUCAUUCCUUCAUCCGGGAGAAUGUACCCAGAGUCCUGUCCUCUGGAAAGGACAAGCCCAGCACAGCUCAUAUUCCCAGACUUUCUCAGUACCUGUACUUCCUCUUUGCUCCCACCCUCAUCUACAGAGACAACUAUCCCAGGAAUCCCACGAUAAGAUGGGGCUAUGUAGCUACCAAGUUUGCACAGGUGCUUGGUUCACUUUUCUAUGCCUACUACAUCUUUGUGAGGCUCUGCAUCCCUCAGUUUCGCAACAGCAGUCAAGAAACCUUCAAUCUUCGCGGGCUGGUCCUCUGCAUCUUCAACUCCAUUCUACCAGGUGUACUGAUUCUCUUCCUGGUGUUCUUUGCGUUCCUUCACUGUUGGCUCAAUGCGUUUGCCGAGAUGCUGCGCUUUGCAGACAGGAUGUUCUACAAGGACUGGUGGAAUUCCACAUCCUAUGCAAACUACUACCGAACGUGGAACGUGGUAGUACACGACUGGCUCUAUUACUAUGCCUACAGGGACUUCCUUUGGUUUUUUGGUAAGAAGUUCAGAGCAGCAGCUAUGCUGUCUGUCUUCACUGUGUCAGCUGCUGUGCACGAGUAUGUCCUGAGCAUCUGCUUUGGCUUCUUCUAUCCAGUUCUCUUUUGCCUGUUUACAUGCUUUGGAGUGGUCUUCAACUUCACCCUCAAUGACCGUCGGAAAGGUCCCUUCUGGAAUGUGAUCAUGUGGACUUCCCUCUUCCUGGGCCAAGGUGUCAUCAUCUGCCUCUACAGCCAGGAGUGGUACGCACGCCAGUACUGCCCUACGGAAAACCCCACAUUCCUGGACUACCUGAAGCCACGCUCAUGGUCGUGUCAUACGAAGAUGUAAAAGUGCUGUGCCCUGGCUGUGUUGUCACAGAAAAUCAGAGUUGCCCUCCAAGUACUUGGACCAAUGAUCUAACUCACUACAGACUUUUUCUAAGGGAAGUUGUGCCUCCUGAUUCUUGGGGAGAAACUGUAAUUUUUUUAAAACAUUUGCUGGAGCAAACCAGUUGACCUGGAUUGCAACAGACUUCCUAGGCAGCAUCGAUUGCAUGCUGUCCCACUUUGAGCCAUUUCCAUGCCAGUAAAACAUUGAGCUGAAGGUGGAGUUUACUGGAAUCCUACUCAUCCAGGGGUCCUCCCAAGUUGCUGCUCUCUGG